AUGCAAAUCUGGGACUGGUUAAGAUCCCUGCAGAUGAAGUCAAUUGACGUGGAACAUCACAUGGUACCGAAACACUCUCAAACCUCCAUCCUGAAGCCUCAGUACAGCUGCCAACAGCCGAGACCUCGCACUCCCGACACAUUCCUAUGCUACAAGAACCGAUACUUGCACCACACGUUUGAUUAUUUCGCAUCCAAACAUACUGUUUCCAUCCCGCCCUGCUAUGAUUACUCUAGUGUGGGUUCUUAAAGUAUUUCCUGAUGUGCAUACCGGGUUGGGACAGUUUGGGAAGCCUUUUUCUUUUAAUUUAAACCCGUUAGUUACCCUAGUCCAUGACGCUAUCCACAAGCAGCCGCUAGCAAGACAUGCCAAAAUCAAAGAGCAGUUUGAGAAGAUGGAAAGCGAAGUAAAGAUAUGCUGA